AUGGACUUUGACGCAUGGUUGGCGAACAACAAGGCGCUCUGGGCGCGUGUCUACGAUGAGGUCAUCACACCUGAUCUCGAGAAGGAGUGGAAGACGCGGAUUGAAACGCAUGAGGCGGAGUCCAAGAAGAAAGAUGACCGUCUCCAGCAUCUUAACAACCACAUUAGCAAUGGAGUGGUUGAAAAGGCCCACCUUGUUGAAGAAAAUAACCGUCUCAAGAACCUGCUCCGGAAGGCCCGCGUAGAGCUACUCACCAGCACGGACGAUGGUACAGUGUCUAUCACAGAAUACAACCAAGUUACGGAUCAACUCGAUGAGCUCAAUAAGCGGUAUCAAGAUGCGGCUCAACGAAUCAAGUACCUGGAGCGAAAGAAUGUUGCCGUCAUGCAGAAGAACAAAGAGAUGAAGGACAGUGUUAAGGCCUGGCAAGAGUAUUGUGACCGACACAUUGAGAAGAAGAAGGCAAAGGCCGAAUCGAAAGUACUGAAGAUCCAGUCGAAAAGCAACCUAGCGAUUGAAACCUCAGCACCAGCACCAAAACCACACAUACCAUCCAGCCCAGGUUCGGCUGCUAUGAUUACACCGCGGUCGCUGAUACCUCAAGAAAAUUCGUCGCCAGCUCCCAUGGCCUAUCUCUCGAAUGCUACAGCGCGAGCGCGUUCUCCUCCUAUGGCUGGUGUGGGCGAUGAAGGACAAGGGAACGUCCAGGUUGAGGCUGAAGCAAACGAGCACGAAGACCACGAAGAAAGUGGUGAGCGUGUUGAAUCCGGUGGACGUUCAUCACCUUUGCCUCUCACAGAAAACGGCCGUGGAGAAACGAUUUCCGGCUCAAAGAACGAUAGAGCAGCUAUCAUCGGUCACUUCAGCUCAGAUAAGGUAACCUCAAGCCAGACAACAGUCCCUGAGAUUAUGGAAGAUAAUGAACCGACUCCGCGCGCAGCCGGGCUAGUAGACGACGAUGACGACGAACCCGAAUUUGUAUUCGAACGGUCGCUGAAACGCAAGCGGAAGCCAUCUACAGGGUUUAGUGUGUUUAAUGACGGAUCCUCGGAUGGCACCCCAGCAAAGCCUGUGCGGGUCAAGGAAGAGUUGUACAGUAGCCCUCCACCCGAAACUGCGAUUCACCAGCUUUCACGCACAGAAACGAUGGAUCUCGAUGGAAUUGGGGCCCAAUCCGAUCGUGACCCCGCGGCGUCAGAGGCUGAGACGGAUGGACUCUACACACUCUAA